GUCAAAAUAUGUCGAAUGUGUUAUGUUUACACUUUUGGUGUUCGACUGUUAUUGUUGUUUGAGACGGAAUUUAUUGAUUCAAUAUUUCAACAAUUAGUUUGAUCAAGUGAUCACCCAUUUUUUUCGAAUUCAGCUUUAAUUAUUGACAACACAAAGGAGGAUGACUACGAAUCUAAAUAUGAACGACAGUAGUGCCKCCAUGGAUGACAGUUCAAAGCGACGGAGCUCGCGUUCGAUAAAGCGUAGAAAAUUUGACGACGAAUUGGUUGAAUCGAGUUUGGGUGCAGGUUUUGGGUCACCUUUGCCAAAAACUCAACGCACACGUACCCAGUCGUUGAACAUGACGUCUACAGGUUCGGAAAUAGAUAAUGCCAUGUCACCAGUUCAUAGUGUUCCUGAAGCAGUACUUACUGCAAAUACUGGACCAUCUACUUCAACUACUCAACCACGGAAAAUUCCUUCAAACAGAACUCCUACAAAUACCAGUUCAGUAAAUAAUUUUGCUAGUGCACCAUCUACUUCAACUGUCUCAUCAUCAUCAAAUCGAAAUAGAUCAAGAAAGCAAAAGAAUUUAAAUAAAGAUUUGGGACGUUGGAAACCUACAGAUGAUUUAAUGUUAAUACAAAGUGUUUUGCAGACCAAUAAUUUACCAAUUGUCCAUAGAGGUGUUAAAUUUAGUUGUAGAUUUACACUUAAAGAAAUUGCUCAAAGAUGGUAUGCUUUAUUGUAUGAUCCAACAAUUUCUAGACUUGCUGUAUCAGCAAUGCGCAAUUUACAUCCAGAAAGUGUAGCCAAUAUAGAAGCCAAAGCUCUAUUUUCUAUUGCUGAAGAAGAACUCUUAGCUACCAUACAAUCAAACUCACAACCCACCAUUGAAACCUUCCAAGACUUACUCACUGAAAAUCCAAACAUAUUCCAUCGAAGACGCACGGCUAAAAGUCUUAUGUGUCAUUGGCAACAAAUGAAACGAUAUUCAUUGCUAUCAGAUCAGUGUAGUGCCUUAGAAAAUCCUAUUCCAAUACCAUUGAUGAGUGCACUAGAAGAUCGAAAUAUUCAUAUUCUAAACAAUGAACAAGAAGUUACCACAUUAACGUCAGAACAUAUUCCUACAUUUGCUGAAUGUGAAGACUUAUUAAAUGAUCAACAUUUAUUGAUGGAAAGGCCUGAUCCCAUACUUGAAAGACAUCUUGCUUUAACUAACAAAAAAAUAAAAAAGGAAAUCAAAGUUUUGGAAGAUGAAUUACCUAGAGCACAAGUAUUAGUGUUUCCAAUGACUGGUAUCAAUCCUGUGGAGUUUGAGCCUCAAACAUUAGCUGUGUUACGUGGUCGAUUGGUCAGAUAUUUGAUGAGGUCUAGGGAGAUAACUAUUGGACGUUCAUCAAAGUAUCAACAAGUUGACGUUGACUUGAAACUUGAAGGACCUGCUUGGAAAAUAUCUAGGCGACAAGCAACUAUACGUUUGCGUAAUACUGGUGACUUUCUAAUUGCUUGCGAAGGUAAAAAAUGUUUAUAUGUUGAUGGAAAACCUCUAACAGCUGGAAGUCGCUGCCGCCUCAAUCAUAAUUCUGUUUUGGAGAUUGCCGGAUUGAGAUUUCUUUUCCUCAUAAAUCAUCAAUUAAUAAAUACAUUUAAACAAGAAGCAUGCUCUCAAAAUCAGGUGCAAUUACCUGUACAAAUAGUUAACCAGACACCUCAGAAACAGAGUGCCAAUCAAAAAUCACAGAAGACUACAGUUACAAAAGCUGAAAAACCUGUGCAGACCAUUGAACAGCAACAGCAACAGAAAAAAUUAUUCGAAGAACAGCAAAAACAGAAAAUGGAAGAUCAUGAGAAAAGAAUUUUAGAAGAGCAGAGACAAAAAAUAUUGCAGCAGCAACAAGAUGAACUGGAACAGCAACUGAAAUUGUUAGAGGCCGAAGAAGUAGAACAUAACCAACGUCAACAAAAUAUGCUGUAAACUUUCCGAUUAAAUUAAUAUUUAUUUUGAAAAAAUUCUAUUUAUUGAUGCGAAUAUUUUUUUUUGUAUCAUUUAAUAUUAGAUAUUAUGCAAUUCCUGUGACGUAUAUUACUGUAAAUGAGACAAUAUUUACUUGUAUAUUUUAAUUUCAUGUUAAACUAGUUGAUUACACACUUUUGAUAUAUUUGUGUUACUGUGUUAGAUAUUCUUUCUCAUUUCAGUUGAUAAAUUAUGUUAAUUUUACCAACCAUAAAGUUGAUUUUUUUUUAAUCUUACAGUUAAUCAAAUUGUAAAACUCAGCAUGGAAUUGAGUCUCAGAACAAUCUUAUAUAUUUAUACAUAGGCGUGCACAGGGGGUAUGCAGGGUAUGCAGCUGCUUACCCUGAAGUUCUGUGAGGGGCGAACAUCGACUCUGGAAAAUUGAAACAUCCAGUUAUCAGUUAUCAACUACCAAGUAUUUGCAAAAUACAUACUUCUUGUAUCAUGUAACGGUAUUUAUUACAAUAUUUUUUUAAUUAAACAGUAGGUUUUUUCAAUAUUUGUGAAUUGUGUAUACAUAUUAUCAGAAUUUUAUGAGCUUAAAAUAACUUUCAGGGCGCGCUUUGUCAGCCUUCUGCAUAUCCUGAAAAAGAGGCCUGCGCACGCCUAUGUAUAUAUACACACAAUAAAUUUCUACUACUAUGCUUGAACUAAAAAAUUGUCAUUGUGCAACUAUUAAAAUUGUAUUGCACAUGUUUGCUAUUCACAAGUACAAAAUUAAAUAUAUUUUUGAAUA